AUGUCAACCCAAGCAGCCCUCGGCUCCGCCGCCAUAGAGAAGAAAGAUUAUCCCGCGGCCAUAACUCAUCUAACCAAAGCUCUCGCCGAAAGCUCUACUUCCCCAAACUACCUUAUCUUUCGCUCUACAGCAUACCAGCGCGCCAAGAAUCACGAUGCAGCCCUCGCAGAUGCUGAUGCUGCCGUUCACGCAGCUGUUGCUCGUUCUCGUCGCGAACUCAUCGCUACUGCGCACUUUCGUCGUGCAGUCGCUCUUCAUGGAUUGGGCAGAUUUGGAGAUGCGAGAAUGUGUUUAAAUUGGUGCAGACAGAAGAAUGAGAAAGAGAAGGCUUUGACCAUUUGGCAGGCAAAGGUUAAGGCAGAUUAUGAUGCUGCGGGUGGUGAUGAAGCGGAGUGUAAUCAGUGUACGGUAAAGGAAAUUCCAGGAAAACCAACUAUCAAGGUCGAGAAGGGCAAAGCACCAGAAAUCUCGACUGCCCCUACAUCUACUCCAGUAUCUGCUCCAGUAGCAACUCCAAAGGAGAAGAUCAGGCAAGAAUGGUUUCAAUCGAGCUCAAAGGUUACAAUUACUAUUUUCGCCAAGGGUGUUGCGAAGGACACUGCACAAAUUAUCAUUGAAGAGGGACAGGUCGAAGUUUCAUUUCCCAUCGGACAAACUGGCACUACGUACGAUUUUACAGCCUCACCACUUUUCGCACAAAUCGAUCCUACUCAAAGCAAGUUUAACAUCACACCCAAUAAAGUCGAGAUCGAUUUACACAAGUCGAAGGAAGGACUCAAGUGGUCUACAUUGGAAGGAACCGAUCCUAUCGCCAGCAAAUCUGCCGAGGAACAGAAGUCGGAAAUACCAUCUGCCAUAUUGAACCCCAAAACCGAUACAGUCCCAUCCUACCCAACAUCAUCUCGCAAUGGUCCCAAGAACUGGGAUGCACUCGCAUCUUCCGCUCUCAACUCCGAAAAGAAAGAUGGAGACAAGUCAACAAACGGAGGUGACGACGAGGAAGAUGGCGAUCCGAUGAAUGCUUUCUUCAAGAAACUUUACAAGGAUGCCGAUCCGGAUACUAAGAGAGCAAUGAUGAAGAGUUUCCAGGAGAGUAAUGGUACCGCUUUGAGUACCAACUGGUCCGAUGUUAGUAAGGGUCCGGUCGAGACAAGUCCACCGGAGGGAGUCGAAGCCAAGAAAUGGUAG